AUGACUGUUCGAAAGACUUAUAGUGAAUUGAGAAAUAUUUAUCAAUAUUAUAUUGAUUCAUAUACUGCUCUAUAUCAGUUGAAAGCAGAAAAAGAAGACGAAAUACUUACAAUUUACAAAAUGAUCAAAACAACUUUGAUUGAUUCAAAUAAACAUCAUCCACGAAAUGUUAUGAGAGAUAUUUUAAAUAUCAUCCCAUAUAAUAACCGGUAUGCAAAGUCAUACUUGAAACUUGCGAAACUCAUCUCUGAUGAAUAUCAUAUAACGGAAGUCAGUCAUAUUCCAAUCAUUUCUAACUACCUGUUUUAUAAAGAAUAUGGAAUUGAAUUGAGCACUACUGUUGAUUUCAGAACAAGGUAUUUAAAAAAUACCGAUAUUGAUUCAAACGAUACAAUUUACAGGUCAAUUAUGUAUGAUGACAAAGAACGAUUCAUCUACUUCACUGAAUGA